AGACGUGAAGAGCGAAAGGGAGCACUUCGUGUGUUAUAAUGAUCAGAGGAAGUUUCCGACUCUCAUCUGCGAGCAUUUCUGGUCAAAGGGGUUCAUUUUCCUCUCUGGAGCAUGACUUUACACUGUUCCCUCGGAAUCAUUCAGGAACAAGUGAAUCACGUAUAUCUUCGGGACGAACUCUGAAAUCAUUUGAUGAGAUACCAGGGAAAAGAUUGGGUUACACAACAGUGUGUUUGUUAUUAAUCCUGAAGAUUCUGCCACUGUGUUCAAAGCAGAGGGUCUGUUUCCAGAGAGGAUGAAGAUUAAAUCUUGGGUUGCUCACAGAGACUUAAGAAAACUAAGCUAUGGAAUCCUGCUAAAAAGUGGGGAAGAUUGGAAAAGAAAUCGACUCAUUUUAAAUAAAGAAUUGCUUGCACCCGAGGUUGUCCAAAAAUUUGUGCCUCAUUUAAAUGAAGUGGCACUGGAUUUUGUGUCCAUGGUUAACAGAAAUAUUGAGAAAAGUAGAAGAGGUCACUGGGCAGCUGAUAUCUCAAACGAUCUCUUCAAAUUUGCACUCGAAUCGGUCCAUUACAUACUACACGGAGAACGUCUUGACUUACUGCAGGGCUACUGUAACCCUGCAUCGCAAAUGUUUAUCGAUUCGGUUCUCAAGAUGUUCAAAUCCACAGUACCAAUCCUCAAUAUUCCAGUGGGUCUGCUGAAGUCAAUCAAUGCGAAGGUCUGGCAGGAACACAUAGAUUCUUGGGAUAUCAUUUAUAAACAUGCCAAUGACUCUAUACAGAGAGCAUACAGGUACAUGCACCAGAGAGUCAAAAAUGACAAAGCAUAUCUUGGCAUCCUUGCUGAACUAUUGAUGCAAGACAUCUCUCUUGAAGACAUCACAGUCAACAUUAUGGAGCUCAAUGCAGGCGGAAUUGACACUACAUCCAUUACCCUAUUAUGGACAAUGUAUAGCCUUGCCAAAUAUCCCAAUAUUCAGAAGAAUUUGCGCUCUGAGAUUAUGGAAGCCAAUCAGAAAACAGGAGGGGAUCCAGUUCAGAUGCUACAAUCAGUGCCACUCCUCAAAGGUGCAUUGAAGGAAACACUGAGGCUUUAUCCAGUGGCUAUAACACUACAGCGAUACAUAGUUGAAGACAUUGCUUUGCAGGAUUAUCAUAUACCAGCUGGGACGUUAGUGCAGACUGGUCUGUUCGCAAUGGGAAGAAGCCCAGAGAUAUUUAGCAAUCCGGAACAAUAUAAUCCCGAAAGAUGGCUGAAACACGGAGAAACAAGCUUCAGACACCUUGGCUUUGGGUUUGGACCACGACAGUGCAUUGGGCGCAGGCUGGCUGAGACAGAAAUAUUGCUCCUUUUGAUUCAAAUGCUCCAGAACUUUAAUAUUGAAACUACUAAUAUAGCAGAGGUGAAACCUAACUUUGAUUUGAUUCUUCUUCCUGAGAAACCCAUCAAUCUAGUCUUUAAGGCCAUCAACUGAAGAGAAAUGGGAUACGUUUUUGCAUUAAGUUUCUCCUUUCAUCAGUUUUGACAAAUGCAGAUUGACCAGUAAUGGGUUAAUAUACUGGUAUUAUCUACGUCAAUGCAAUUUAGAGUCAUAGAGUUAUACAGCAUGGAAACAGGCCUUUCAGUUCAACUUGUCCCUGCCAACCAAACUGCCUACCCAAGCUAGUCCCACUUGCCUGCGUUUGGCCCAUAUCCCUCUAAACCUUUCCUAUCCAUGUACCUGCCCAAAUGUCUGUUAAACGUUGUAAUUGUACUGGCGUCUACCACUUCCUCUGGUAUCAUUUGUAUGUUUAAGUGACUACAUAAUGAUCUGGUGCCCUACUUUUUGUUGAAUGGCAACAAGGAUAGAAACAGAAAACACAAACCAGUAAGAAGCAUAUUUUCCCCACUAUGCCCACAACACCCUGUUUGCACACUUAGAGACUUAAUGUUUCCUCUUAGUGCUCUGUGUAACACAAUCAUAAACUUAUUCUGGAUUAGCAGGCUUAUGAUUUUAUUGCAGUCUUCACAGAGCACAGUUUAUCAGUAAAUCACUAAUUAGGACCACAAAGCGAUCAGAAAUCUGGCAAAUUAUUUUAUACCUUGCAUAUAGAUAAAAAAUAGUUUUAUAAUUUAAAACAAUAAAUAGUUUGUGCCCAAUAUAUAUUUGCAGUAGUUUAAAUAUGAAGCAACAAAAGAACCAGUCCCUGCAUAUCAUUGGUGUAGAUUUAUUAAAGGGCAGAACAGGCUUGAGAGAUUGAAAGGCCAACUUCAGUUCCGAACAUGUAUGUUCAUUUGACUGAAAACAGUAAAUUGUACAUUGUGAUCUUUAUAUACUUUCACCCACUUUUUCUGUCAUUAUUAUUUGUCAAAGUAAAUGGUUUUAAAAGUAUUAUGUUUAAAGUAGUCAAGACAAUGAUAAGUUUACACCUUAACACUUUUAUAUAACCAAAAACCAUUUCUAGUUUGUAGUGCCCUUAAUGCAGAUGUUUGAAAUUUCAUAUUAAUUAGAGCAAUGAUUUAAGUAGUUGUCUUAAGAACGCAGCACACUAACAUUUUAUUAGUUUUGUAUAACUGAUGAAAUUAUCUUUUGUUAUUUGUAUUUUGACAAGUAAUGCUAAUUGUAUUCACUUAAUAAACCACAGCUUUUACAAAUAACCCUGAUUACUUAAAAAGCCUAAAUGUUCAGUACUUGCUUCAAAUUUCUGAGUGGACUCAAAUUUACAUCUAGGUAAUAAGAAUGAACAUGGAACAUUACAGCACAGUACAAGCUCUUUGGCCCACAAUGUUGUGCUGA